UGUUUUCGGCCUUUGUUUUUCAGUAUAACACCCACUCCUCUGGGUGAGGGGAAGAGUACAGUGACCAUAGGUCUUGUCCAGGCCCUCUGCACUCAUCUUAAGCUCAACUCUUUUGCUUGCCUGCGACAGCCUUCCCAGGGUCCAACGUUUGGUGUCAAAGGAGGAGCGGCGGGUGGGGGAUAUGCGCAGGUCAUUCCUAUGGAGGAGUUUAAUCUCCACCUCACAGGAGACAUCCACGCUAUAACCGCAGCCAAUAAUCUAGUGGCGGCAGCUAUCGAUGCCCGCAUUCUCCAUGAAGCUACUCAAUCAGACAAGGCCCUGUACAGAAGACUAGUGCCGUCUGUUAAUGGCAUGAGAUGUUUCUCUCCUAUACAAAUGACUCGCCUACAACGUCUUGGAAUAAACAAAUCUGACCCCAGUGACCUCACACCAGAAGAGGUCAGGGCAUUUGUCCGUCUUGACCUUGACCCUGAGAAGGUCACAUGGCAGAGAGUUGUUGAUACCAAUGACCGAUUUCUGCGUAAGAUCACUGUUGGCCAGGCUAACAAAGAAAAAGCCACGCUCGCCAGUAUGUCAGCACCCGUCAGAAUUAAUGACUGUUAA